ACAGGGAGGGAGGCAGGAUGUGAGGUGUAGUCCAGUAGCUGCGUGAGUCGGUGGGUUUAUCGUAGACUCAUGGAUAGUUUGUCGAGGUGUGAGGAGAUAAGGUCAGUGGAGUAAGAACAGGUAGAUAAAGUGGGCUCACCAGGGCAGCCCUGCCUGUGAAUUUUGAAUAGGAGAAAUAAACAGCAGCGUGGGACUGGGGAACUAUCAGGUUAGAGGCAGUGUAGGGGAGCUCCCCUGAAGUUGAGACAAAAAGCUGGAGUAACUCAGUGGGACAGGCAGCAUCUCUGGAGGGAAGGAAUGGGUGAUAUUUCGGCUCGAGACCAUUCUUCAGGAAGGAACUUUUUUUUGCUAGGGAUUUCAGCAUCUGGAGUCUCUUGUUGGCAGUGUUUAUAACAUACCUGGGGGAUGGAGGUAGAGGAUGUUGCUGUUCUCCUGAGAUACACCUGGUGCAGAGUAGAUUAAUUUAACUUGGCAUUGUUUUCGGCAUAGACAUUGUAUUCGGUUUCUGGGCCUGUUUCUGUGUUGUACUAUGCUAUCUAUGUAAAUAGCAUAGGUGAAAAGUGUCUUAGUGGGAGCCUGGUGUCAUGUGAGUGACAUGACCUGCCGAUUAGAGCCAACUGAAUAUGAAUGGAGCCUCAAGAGCGAUAGAGUGCAAGGAUGGAGAAUCAAACGUUUGGGUCGCCAUGUGAGCCUGGGUCGGCAGACAGACUGGGCACAGAUGUUCAGACCCCAGUUCACAGCAAAAUGGUGGUGAAAACGCCAAUGAGCGCCAGCCUCCGGGAGCGGCUGAAGAAAACACGGCGUUCCUUCAAUGCUCCAUUUGUUGUGCCAAAGCGAUUGAAGAUUGACGGUGAGGACAGUGGAUGUUCAGAGACUGGGGUAGACCUUGGCAUCAGCCAGCUCACUGGUGAAACUCAUGCUGCUGGCAGGAGUGGGAGCAUAAAGAUAGAGAGUGCUUGCCAGAGGUUAGUGGGUGGAAGGCUGGACACGAGUGCAGAGGGGGAUCGGCUGAGUCUAGGUGCAUCCAGAGCAGCCUUGCAACAUGCCUGGACUCCCGGCAAAUCACCGAGACCUCACCCAGUGACUGUGAGCACCGAACAGCAGGAGCUGCUUGAGGAAAAGGAUCGACUGCAGCGGGAAGUGCGAGAGAAAGAGGAUCUUCUUCGCAGAUUGAAAAUGGUUGAGAUGUACAGGGAGAAGAAUAAUUUGGCAGAACUGGGGUCCCUGAUAGAAAAAUGGAGGAAGAGUAGCCAAACUUUGUUGUACGAACUUCAGCAGACGCUUUCUAUUGAUAAUAAGCCCACCCUCAGGCAGCUCAUAGACAGCUUGGCCGUGGAAGAUCGACUCCUGCAUUACAACAGGUUGGAGGACGAAUUCACAGAUCCAUGAGAACCACAACGUCAGUAUGAUAAUACUUCUUGGCACUGUGAUGUAAGCCUUUUCCUUCCAUGCAAUCUGUGCCAUUCUGUGCAACGAUGAUGUGUAAUUUAUUGUAAAGGCUAUUCCACUGGAUUCUAAGUGUUCUGUUUUUAUUUCUGAAGCUUGUUGCUGAUUGCAUUUCUAUGCUGUGUGUUGCGGACACAGGGCCUGAUCAUCCACAUCCCAGAGUACUUUGGAAUUGCCCUAAGAUGCAUUGCUGGACCUUUACCAAAGUUGUGUAGACUGGACGGUUCCAUUGACUGAAGAAUAACUAAUGUAACCCCACUGCUUUAAAAAGGCUAGAGAAAAUGCAGGGAAUUAUAGAGCUGUGAAGCUGACAUCGGUGGUGAGGUAAAUAGUGGGGUCCAUUAAAGGACAUGCAACUGCUGAACAACAUCAACACGGAUUUAUGAAAGAGAAAUCAUACUUGACAUAUCUAUUGGAUUUAAUCAGCAGAAUAAAUGAGAGAGAACCAGAAAA